AUGGAUCUGAGUGUGGCCAGGGAUCUGCUGGCUCCUAUUCUUGGCUCAUUACUCUUCAGAGUGAGUGGAGCAGCCUGCUGCCAGCAUCCUACUCUGAUAUUUCUGGCCUUGAUUACAGGCGGGGUGACCAAGGCGGAGAUCAGUGACCUGGACCGGCAGAUCGAGCAGCUGCGCCGCUGCGAGCUCAUCAAGGAGAGCGAGGUCAAGGCUCUGUGCGCCACGGCCAGAAAGAUCUUGGUGGAGGAGAGCAAUGUACAGAGGGUGGACUCUUCCGUCACGGUAUGUGGGGACAUCCAUGGACAAUUCUGUGAUCUCGAGGAGUUGUUUAGAGUGGGUGGCGAUGUCCCUGAGACCAACUACCUCUUCAUGGGGGACUCUGUGGACAGAGGCUUCUACAGCGUCGAAACAUUCCUGCUGCUGCUUGCCCUCAAGGUCCGGUAUCCUGACCGCAUCACUCUGAUUCGGGGGAACCAUGAGAGCAGGCAGAUCACCCAAGUCUACGGUUUCUAUGACGAGUGUUUGCGAAAGUAUGGCUCAGUGACUGUAUGGUGCUACUGCACUGAGAUCUUUGACUACCUCAGCCUGUCCGCCAUCAUCGACGUGCAUGGGGGCCUCUCUCCCUCUAUCCACACCCUGUACCAGAUCCGGACGAUUGACCGGAAGCAGGAGGUGCCUCAUGAUGGGCCCAUGUGUGACUUGCUCUGGUCUGACCCUGAAGACACGAUGGACUGGGGUGUGAGUCCCAGAGGAGCUGGCUACCUCUUUGGCAGUGAUGUAGUGGCCCAGGUCAAUGCAGCCUAUGACAUGAUAUGCCAGGCUCACCAGCUGAUGAUGGAAGGCGACAAGUGGCUCUUCAAUGAAACUAUGCUCACCGUGUGGUCAGCACCCAACUGCUGCUACCGCCGCGGAAAUGUGGCAGCCAUCUUGGAGCUGGAUGAGCACCUCCAGAAAGACUUCACCAUCUUUGAAGCUGCACCCCAGGAAACCCGGGACAUCCCUUCCAAGAAGCCAGUGGCUGACUACUUCCUGUGA